CUUCACUUCAGCUGUGGUUGAUUGACAAAAUCAAGCGAAAAACCCGAGAUGUUGCUGGUAAUUUUCUUUCUCUUGUUGUGUUCUAUCACACCAAGUUAUCAAGGAAGUUGGGACUGGUAUCUUGACAACCUUGUUGCUCAAUCAAAAGACGGAAGUGGUACAGCCCACGUUGAUAAAGCAUGUAUCAUUGGUAUUGAUGGUGGUGCUCUAUGGACGUCACACAGGCCAGCAAAUGCAAUAAAGCUUCAGCCAACGGAAGCUCCUAGCAUUGCAAAGUGCUUCAAGUCAAGAGAUUUCACUUCUUUCAAGACUAAUGGAAUUACUGYAGAAGGAACAACCUAUCAGUUUUUACGAGAGGAAGACGGAAAAAACGUUUACGGAAAAAGCAAUGGUAAUGGAGCUAUUAUUUUACAAGCCAGUAAAACCGCAGUAGUCAUUGCUCAUUGCAUCGAGGGAAUGCAACAAUCCAAUUGUAGCAGAGCCGUGGCAGUGAUAGCAGAGUUUCUUGAAUCACGAGGCAUGUAAGCCGACGAACUAAGCUUAUCAAUUUGCAGUGUUAAAUUCUGAACCUUGUAAAACUAAAGUCAUAAGUUUCAAGUAUGUCAGUCUGAAUAUAAAAAUAACAGGGAAAAAUAAAUAUAAUAAAUAAAAAUAACAAUUAGUAACAGGGGAAAACAUUUCUCGCAAUAAAAAUAAUAAUUGGGAUAUUUCAAGUGUCGCUUUCAUGAUACUUGGAGGACUCGAUUCACAUUCGCUUUAUAAUUACACAGGGUCUUUGUAGCCAGGCGUUCCUUACCGCUACGAGGGAGUUUGGGAUGGUACUCUAAACGAACUCCAAACGCUUAUCACAUUGGUUGUUCGUCCUAUUCCUGUAUUAAACACGUGUUUAAGCAUGUAAUAUCAAAAGACAAACACGACCUAACUUCAUUUCCUGAAUAUACCCACAUAUAUUUUAUGUAUAGUACUUUUGA